AAGUCAUAAAUCUUAAACCCAAAGAGACACACUCCAUCGUACUGCACAGUGCACACACUUAUAGUUUCUUUCCAUUGAAAUUGCGGCAAAGCUAACUGCGUCUCCGACCAACCAAUAACCACAAAAAAGUUAACGAUGGCGCUUUUGAUGGAAAAGGGUUCCGAGCCCUUGACGGAAAACGAAAAGGCAGACCUUGAAGCCAUUGCUGCACUCAAACAAUCUUCAGCCUUAGAAUUCAAGGAAAAGGGUAACCAAUAUGUGAAGAUGGGUAAGAAACAUUACUCUGAUGCCAUUGAUUGUUACACAAGGGCAAUCAAUCAGAAAGCUUUGAGUGAUUCUGAGACAUCUAUUCUUUUUUCAAAUAGAGCCCAUGUUAAUUUGUUGCUUGGAAAUCUUAGGCGUGCUCUUAUAGAUGCUAAUGAUGCAAUCAAGUUGCUCCCUUCAAAUAUAAAGGCGAUUUAUAGAGCUGCCAAAGCUUCCCUUUCAUUGAAUUUGUUGGAUGAAGCACAAGACUAUUGUCAAAAGGGUCUUCAGUUGGAUCCUGAUAACGAGGAAUUGAAGAAGCUUCACAAGCAGAUUGGUCUAAAGAUAUUCGAGAUUAAAAAGCAUGAGGCUGAAGUCUCUAAGGCUAUUUCAGAGGCAAAGGAAAUUGUAUCUGCAAUGGAAAAUAGAGGCUUGAAGAUUGGAAAGGCCAUGUAUCGAGAACUUACUGGGUUAAGGAAACCUGUGUUAGACAAAAGUAACAUCCUUCAUUGGCCUGUUCUUCUCCUGUAUGCAGAAGUUAUGUCCAGUGACUUCAUUGAGGAUUUCUGUGAGACUGACAUGUUUUCGGUUCACCUUGAUAUGGUAUUUGCAGAAGAUCAGCCGCUUCCAUGGGAUGAUAAAAACAAUUACAAACGCGAAUUUAUUGAGUUAUACUAUGAGGCUGGUUCUGGACCUCGUCUGUCUAAGGAAAAACUCCUUCAUUAUCUUUUAGAGGGAACUGCAGCAGCUUCUAAUGGCGAAGAUGAAGAGAAAAAUGCAGUUGAGGAUCUUAAGCAAAACACAAGCUCUCCUAAAUGGAUCAAAGUAAAUGAAAGGAGAACACUCCAUGAUGUUCUGAAAGAGCCUAAUUUCAUCAUUCCUGAGAUCCCAGUCUUCUACGUUGUUUCUAAGAAAUCCAGCUUUUAUGGAAAGUUCAAAGCUGGAAAGUGGGCUCCUCCAAGUGUAUGAAGGAAACAACAAGAAGCUGGGAUGUUUUGCAAUAAUAGACUCAGGAGCUGAUGUCUCAAUCUUGAAGUCUUGAAGAUUGGACACCGAUUUCGGCCACGUUUUAGACUUCUUUUAAACUUGAGUUAUUAUUACCUGCAAAUUUCAAUGGUUUGAUGAGUCGAGAUUUCAGGCUGUCCUAGUUGUGCCAAUGAUAAUGCUAGAAUUGGAGGAACCUAACUUGAAUAUAUCUAUUUUUCCCCUUCUCCUGUAACCUAGUCAACAAGGAUAGCUUGAGCUGUUUUGGUACAUGUAUAAUUUGAUAGCUUUAGUUUUAUAUUUUUAUAUCAAGUUAUAGGUGCAUGAUACCUUUAAUAUGUGGACUGUUCUAUUUUCAUUUUUCACUUGGACAGGCACAGCCAAGGGAUAACUGUCCAUUCCAGUUUACAUUUUGUAUUUCAGUACUUACAAUUUGUAAAAUGAUCCUUUGUUAUCCAAUGCAAACACAAUUCUGGGAA